AUUUUCAUUUCAUAUAGCUGUUUGGAUAUUACAAGAAUCUACUCGGUGCUGGGGUGUCUGAGAACGUGAAUACCGCCUCCAGGUCCAUUCAGAAACCCGAUUCAAGUAGAUACUGAUCUUACUCUCGUUCCCAUUGCUCAAAAUAAUCCAAUGGCUCAAUCAAUUUACGACAUCUCGGUGUUAGAUUCUACCCUUCAACAGGUUUCCUUAAGCCAAUAUAAGGGUAAAGUGAUAGUUAUUGUUAACACCGCGACAUUGUGUGGGUUUGCUCCGCAGUUUGAAGAGCUUCAAACGCUAUAUCACAAAUACAAGGACGAUGGACUUGUGAUAUUGGCCUUUCCAAGUAACCAAUUUUGGAACGAAGAGCCGGCUCCGAUAGAUGAGAUCGUAAGGGAAACAAAACAAAAGUUUGGGGUAGAAUUCCCCAUAAUGAACAAGGUUUUGGUGAACGGAAGCAAUGCAGACGAUAUUUAUAAGUUUUUAAAGGCUGCCCGGCCAGGUAAACUCGGAUUCCAAGGUGUGUUUUGGAACUUUGAAAAAUUUGUUAUAGACAGAAACGGUAACGUUGUAUAUAGGUUCCCCAGUGAUAUUAGUCCGUUGACAUUCGAGAAGUACUUGACCCCAUUACUCGGGUGACGUUUGGGUAAGAUAAUAAUUGUAUAAGUGGACGUUCAUGUAAUUAAUAUAUUUAUAAAUAUGUAAAAGUCCAUUGUGGAUUACUUUUUAGGUUUUUUGGUCUUUUCACCUACGUCGGGAGUUUCAGACUUUCUUUUGGAUCCCGUAACCGGUGGGUUCAUUUCUCUCAAAACACAACCCAACAAGGUUUGACACCUUCUGGAUAUCUCGGUGGUAUUUCUAGAUUGGAAGAAAAAGUCAAACUUGAACAAAAUCGAGUCGCGUAUAGCUUCUUUUAUUCUUUCAUAGAUAUCAGGUCUAUCGAUUCCAAACCUGUAGAGCUGUACCAAUAGGAACCGGUCUUCGUCCUCUGACCAAACCUUUCGGUUGGAAGACGCAGGUGGGAACUUCAAUGUGAGUUCUUGUAAAGGAUAUUUGAAUUGACUGAGUUUUCUCCUUAAUGCUUCUUUCUGUAACUUGAUUUUGAUGAUUUUCUCUUCACCAGUUUCGAUCUGAUUGAUAUAACGUUCAUACCCGUCGAUUUCUUCAUAUUUUU